AUGAGAGGGGAGACUCACUUGUCGUCAUUGACACCGCCACUGAUUCGCAUCCAAGACGGAACCUUCUAUCAGAACUAUCCUAGUCCAGACGAUGCCACCAACAACCAGAACCCGCCUCUCUUUGCCAACUUCAAUUUCGUUCUACCCGCCGAUCAGGCAACAUCAGCCGAAAACAAUGGAGAUCAAUCGCUGCAACACUGGGCCGUGAUCGGUAGUUCGGGGAGAACACAACUGCUCGAGAUUCUCCGCGGCCAGUAUGUCUGUCUCCCGCCGACGGCUCGCUCCUACCCCUACCUCCUCACAGACGAGAUUGCGAAGAAGGACCCUCGGCUACGGUUCGUUGGAAACGCUGUACAAUAUAUCGGGUUUAGUGGCGAAGGGUCGGGAGCGAUUGGUGGUACCCGCGGGGCCUAUUUGAGUGCUCGCUAUGAGAGUCUUCGGGAAGAGACAGACUGGUCGGUGCUUCAGUACCUUAAGGGCCAAACUUCCUUGAACCCUCUAGAAGGAGAGGAAGGCGGAAAGUUACGAGAUGAAAAGCUGCUCAACCAGGUCAUCACCGACCUGCGACUGGGAGAGCUCCUGGACAUGCCCGUCGCAAACCUAAGCAAUGGUCAGACAAGACGUACGCGGAUCGCAAAGGCACUACUCAGCAAGCCGGAACUGCUGCUGCUAGAUGAUCCUUUCAUGGGCCUUGACCCCGCUACCACAAGAAGCAUCUCUGGCCUUCUCCAGCGCCUAGCAGAUAAAUCGGACCCCAGAUUAAUCCUCGCCUUACGACCGCAGGAUACUAUCCCUGACUGGAUCACGCAUCUGGUGGUCCUAGGAAAUAACAAUCGAAUAUUAUUCCAAGGUCAGCGGGCCGAAGCGAACACGGUGUUCAAUGUUUGGAAACGAGUCGUCAACCGCGGCCGAGAGGUUGCAUCUCACACCGAAGAGGAGAAAGCGAUUUUCCGUGAGGCAAAGAGCGCCAUGGAAGCUGGUCAUCUGGACCGUCAGCUGCUCUGGGACCUUCAGUUACUGUCAACCAGGACCAGUGGAUUAGCCCUGCCUGCCGUCAAGGGAGGCGAGCCAGUCAUCGAAAUGGAGGGAGUCCGCGUGCAAUAUGGCGAGAAGGUUGUCCUGGGCGGAUGGACACAAAGAGUCAACGGGGAGGAAAAGGACGGCCUCCACUGGACCGUCCGUCGUGGACAGCGGUGGGCGAUCCUGGGAGCCAAUGGAUCCGGGAAGACGACCCUUCUCUCCCUGAUCACCUCAGACCACCCCCAAGCAUACGCCUUGCCCAUCAAGCUCUUCGGCCGUUCCCGCCUGCCCGAGCCAGGGCAACCGGGCAUCUCCAUCUUCGAACUCCAAUCCCGCCUCGGCCACUCCUCACCAGAAAUCCACGCAUUCUUCCCGCGACAACUCACUAUCCGCCAGGCCGUGGAAUCAGCUUACGCAGAAACUUUCCUCUCGAAACCCACCCUGGACCACGACCGUGACCUCGACGUGAGCGCUGCCCUCCGCUACUUCAAGGCCGAGCUCGACCCCGACGCCGCCGUCACCACCAAGGAGGAACCCCCAAGAGUGUCGGUUGAAAACAGAGAACAUUUCCCCAGGAUCGCCUUCGUCCGAGGCGCCAGCCCCAUAUUCUCUCCAAUCGAGUUCGACGUUGAAUACGCGGACUCCACCCUCUUCGGCCAACUCAACACCGCCCAACAACGCGUCGUCCUCUUCAUCCGCGCGCUCGUCCACAAACCGGACAUCGUCAUCCUCGACGAAGCCUUCUCCGGCAUGCCCGCCUCUAUGCGCGACAAAUGCAUCCACUUCCUCGAAGCUGGCGAAUACUCCCGCAAUCGCGCUUCCUCGGCCACCCGCCGCUCCGGCAGCCGCCUCAAAGAGGACUGGCUGCGCGGCUACAACACUGAUGAGUCGAACGUUCGCCACCUCGGUCUGUCCGACAACCAGGCCCUCAUCAUGAUCAGCCACAACAGGGAGGAAAUCCCCGACAGCGUGCGCUACUACAUGCGUUUGCCCUCGGAGAGCGUGGAGGGUUCUGAGCCGCUGGAUUUCCGCUUCGGGCAAGUGAAGUAUAAGAAGACGUUGAAUGAGCCGAGUACUUGGGAGCAUGCGUGGUUGCCGCCUUCUGAGUUUAAGGCCCGCGGGGCCAUGCGGUCGAAGCGUGGGAAGCGGUUGGGUGAAGAUGAGGAGAGCGUAAAUCAGGAUGAAAAGGUUUACGAGUGGUAUUCUGUUGGGUAG